AUGAACACAGUCCUUUAAUAAGAGCUAAUUCGUUUCAACAAAUUACUAAAUACAGUAAGAGUAUCUUUAGUUAAUGUAGGAAAAGCAAUAGAUGGUCUACUUGUUAUGUCAAGUGAUUUAGAAGAAGUUUUCAAUUGUGUUUAUGAUAAUAAAGUUCCUGAUUUGUGGCAUAAGGUUUCUUAUCCAUCAUUAAAACCUUUAGGUUCUUGGAUUAUUGAGUUCUGCUAAAGACUUCAUGAAAUGGAUAAAUGGAUUAAAAAUGGAACUCCUACAAGUUUUUGGAUUUCAGGAUUUUUCUUUACAUAAUCUUUUUUAACUGGUACUUUAUAAAACUAUGCCAGAAAAUAUAAAAUUCCUAUUGAUACUUUAUAAUUUGAUUUCUUUGUAAUUAAAGAUGGAAGUAAAGAGUAUGAUACAACUAAAACACCUGAAGAUGGUUGCUAUGUUUAUGGUUUGUAUUUAGAUGGAAGUAGUUGGAAUAAUGAAAUGGGAUAUUUAGAUGAGCCUUAACCAAAAUAAUUGAAUUCUAAAAUGCCUUAUAUUUGGUUACUACCUACUGAAGAAAAGAAAGAUUAUGAUAAUGAUAUGACUGUUUAUGAAUGUCCUGUUUACAAAACUUCUAGAAGAGCAGGUACUUUAAGUACAACAGGUCAUUCUACAAAUUAUGUUAUGAGUAUGUAUUUACCUAUUUCACCUAAUGUAUAACCUAGACAUUGGGUUAAAAGAGGUGUAGCAGCAUUAACUUAAUUGAAUGAUUGA